CAUAUUUUUGUAAUCUCUCGUGACCAACCAUGCAAUAAACCCAUUAAAACACGCUCACAAAGUAGAAGGAAAGUCGCUUUGUUUUCUAUUCCCCCGAAAGCUGCGAAUUCAAACUUUCAAUCAUAUGGUUAACGCGAGAUCGAGCAGUCGAUUCAGUGUGUUCGACUUCAGCGAGGAGGACGAGUUGCCGGAGCAGGCGUCCAAGAUGAUGAUCGGCAGAGUCCGUAACCGUAAGCGACCCAAGCGUGUCGCUUCUCCGAUCACCAAAUACAAGUUUCUGGAGUGCUUUAUGGGACGUAAGGGGUCUGCUGAUGUUGCUGAUAAGGGGAGUCUUCAAAACAAAAACCAUGCUGACCCUAUCAAUGUCGAUGAUGACCCGGUCAGUACUUGUUCUGAAGGUAUUGGUGUUAGAGAUCCGGGCUAUCAUCAGGUGUCUGUUGUUUCAUGCCUGCCACAGAGAGAUGAUCCUGCAAAAGGGAGAGCACCUUUUUCAGAAUGCACUGAGUUGUCAAGUGAUUCAGACAAUGAGAGAAAUGAAGCUGCUAUGAGUUUUGAUGAUGACUGUCCAAUUGAAAUGAGCCGACCACUGGUUUCUGUUUCUACUUCAACGGAGAAGGAAGAUCCAUUGGAGAAGCAAGCUGCAGCGCUCGGUUCUGUUGGACACAAAAUUAAAAAAGACGAAGAUGGUUCAUUUGGGCACAUCUGCUGGUCCACCUCUCAAUUACUUGCGUCGAGUCUUGAGCUUGAUGGGAAUCAUAAAGAGGUCGUUUAUCCAAAAGACGAUCCUGAUGCUGUUCUAAUUACUACACGAGACUUGGAGCUUCUGCAGCCUGCAACUUUUAUCAAUGACACUAUUAUUGACUUCUAUGUUAAGUACUUAGUGAAGACUAAAAUUCAACCAGAAGACCAUAACCGGUUCCACUUCUUCAAUAGCUUUUACUUCCGGAAGCUUGCUGAUCUAGACAAAGACAUGACUACCGUAGGCGAAGGCAGGGCAGCAUUUCAACGUGUUCAUAAGUGGACAAAGAAAGUUACUCUCUUUGAGAAGGAAUACAUUUUCAUACCUGUAAACUAUAGCCUCCACUGGAGUUUGAUCGUGAUCUGUCAUCCGGGUGAAGUGGUUCUUUCGACAGAUGAUGUAAAGGAGAGGUCAGUCAAGCUACCAUGCAUUUUGCACAUGGACUCUAUCCAAGGAAGUCAUAGGGGCCUCAAGAAUCUCUUCCAGAGCUACUUGCUGGAGGAGUGGAAAGCGAGGCAUCAGGAUAUAGUGGAUGAUGUAUCUUCCAAGUUCUUAAAUAUGAGUUUUAUCGAACUUGAGCUGCCACAGCAAGCCAAUUCAUUUGACUGUGGCCUGUUCUUGCUCCAUUAUUUGGAACUUUUUAUUGAGGAUGUUCCUGCAAACUUCAACCCCUUCGACCUUUCGAAGUUCUCAAAUUUUCUGAAGAAAAAUUGGUUUCCACCAGAUGAAGCAUCAUUGAAACGGAUACGUAUCCAGAAGCUAAUCUCUGGAGUUCUUUUGCAUCACCCUGAGGGAACUCCAUUGGUGGACUACAUGAAGAAGUAUCCAUCUUCCCAAAUUUGCAGUAAUUCACGUGAGAAAGAAAUUGAGGUGGCGAUUCUUCAGGAGCAAUGCAGUUCACCGAAAACAUGUCCAAUUUCUGCAUCAAGAUCUAAUAUUGAACCUCGGAUUGGGCAUUCACCCCCAGCCACAUCCCACAGCGCUUUCCAUGACCGGAUGGGAGAAGCAGGGAUGGACUUUUUGGAGUUGUCUAUAGCAUACACGAAUUCAAAGUCAUUACUAUAUGACAAAAUACACCAGCAAAAACAGACCCAUCAAUCAACCAACCUGUCAACGAUGAAGGAAGCUGAAGAAGUCUGCGACUCGUUUUCUGGAACAGAAGACAAGUUGGGAAAUGGUGGAUCUCCGGGCACGCCUUCUUUCAUCAUCAGAGAGUUUACAUUAUCUCCAGAAGCACCUAGGAAACAAAAACAUGUGCAGGCAGAUGAACUUUCCAACGACUGCAGUUCUGGUUCCCAGAAAUCUUCAGAGAUUGGGGUGGAUGAGCUUGGUGCUUAUGUUAUUGAAGAUUCGGAAAAUAGAAACUCAUUGCAGGAUGGUGAAGAAUUUUGCUCGGAGACCAGAAAGGAAGUGGACGAGGGGCUUCAGACCUAUGCUAUUGAAGACUCUGAAGAUAGAAACUCAUUGCAGGACCGAGAAGUGGUAGAGGACUCCAUCUCCUCCGUCCAUGAUGGUGGCAGUGUAGCUGCCCCAUUGUGUGACCAUUCCACAGAUAAUGCUGAAGUCAGUUCACGUAUCUGAGAUAACAACUGAUGCGAUUGAGUAGCCUUGAGACAUUUUAUGUUUCAGUAUCUCUGAAUAUCAUUAAGGCAGCGAUGGCUUCGUGUAUGCGAAACUGACAAUACUGCAUUUGGAAAGGCUUCAUGGUAAGAGUAGAAUAGAAGAUGUAUAAAAUU